AUGUGUCCUAGCGAUUCGCCUGCACGAUAUGGUGGUCUUAUCCGUGACAGCGAGCAUUUCACAGCUAUAAACAUCCAUACACGAACAAAAAUCGGAUUCACACGAGAAUUUCAGCCAUAUAAUGGCAGAAUCCACCUUACAAAAGAUGCUCUUGCGUAUGGAUUUAUCCUGAUCAUCCUCCUCAGAUCUAUAGAUUUCCAGGGAGGUUCAAAGUUCGCUAUGGAUGGACUGGCGGACUUUCAUCAUGUGGAAUUUCGAGUAUCGAACGCAUUGCAGACAUCAUUCUGGUACUGUUGUUGUUUUGGCUUCAGUCGAUUCGCUAUCAAAGAAGAUGAGAACAGUACAAGUAUAGCAAUACGGAAUGGACGAGUGAUAUUCGUCAUGAAAUCUACCCGUUGUGGUUCUGACUCGGAGAACACACAUCACGUCAUCACACAUGGUGACGCCGUCAAAGAUGUGGCAUUUCGUGUGGAUAGUAUUGAUGCAAUUGAAGAGAGACUAUUUAAGAACGCUGUCGAAAUUCUUGUGCCAAAAACAACCGUUCAGGAUGAGCACGGUGCUGUGACAAUACUGAAACUCCAAUCAAAAAGCAGUGACGUCACCCAUACACUAAUCGAGGAUAAGGAAUAUUCUGGAAUAUUUCUUCCUGGCUUUCUACCAAUGAGCGAUUAUCCGUUGUGUUCUUCUUUAGAAAAGAUUCCUGUACAACUCCUGGAUCACGUCGUACAAAAUUAUCCUAUCAAUACGAUUGAAAAUGUUGCAGAUUGGUACAAUGAAAGCAUGGCACUGCAACGAUUUUGGUCAAUUGACGACAAAAUCACUACAUCCGAGUUCUCGGCAAUGAAAGCAUGGUUAAUUACUAAUUAUGAUCAAAAAGUUCAAAUGACGUUAGCGGAAUCUGUUCCAGGAAGAAAAGGGAGGAGUCAAAUCGAUGAAUUUGUUUCGUAUAAUGGUGGACCUGGUAUCCAGCACAUAGCUUUACUUGUGGACGACAUCGUUGCCACUGUUACGGAGAUGCGUAAAAGAUCUGUAGAGUUCCUACAUGUUCCUUCUUCGUAUUACGAUAUGCUCGAAGAACGACUUAAAGACUCGAAGGUUGAGCUGAAGGAGGAUAUAGCAAAGCUCCGUGAAUUAUGUAUUUUAAUGGAUUUUGACGAUAACGGCUAUCUUCUACAACUUUUCACGAAACCAGUCCAGGAUCGGCCCACAUUAUUUAUUGAAAUUAUCCAAAGGCGUAAUUUUAACGGAUUCGGUGCCGGUAAUUUCAAAGCGUUGUUCGAUGCGGUGGAACGCGAGCAAAAACUUCGAGGAACGUUGUGUGCAGAAAAUUGA